AUGGAAUUUUUGUUCAUCAUUGCAAGAAAAACCUGGACUGUGAGAGAUCUGCGUGGGCUAGAGUUGAGAAGCACUGGCACAAAGCUCAGCAAACGCACACUAAACUUUCUCUCCCCCCCCAGAUUCGGCCCCUAUUACAUCGAGCCUGUGAUCGCUGGCUUGGACCCCAAAACCUUCGAGCCUUUCAUCUGCUCGCUGGAUCUCAUUGGCUGCCCCAUGGUCACCGAGGACUUUGUUGUCAGCGGCACGUGCUCAGAACAAAUGUACGGCAUGUGUGAGUCCCUGUGGGAGCCAGACAUGGAGCCAGACGACCUGUUUGAAACCAUUUCUCAGGCGAUGCUGAACGCAGUGGACAGAGACGCGGUGACCGGGAUGGGAGUGGUAGUGCAUGUUGUAGAGAAGGACAAGAUUACCACCCGAACACUCAAAGCUCGUAUGGAUUAAAAGCAGCUCUAUGCACGCUAUUCGUUUUCACUUCAUUCAGUUUAACCUGUGGUGCAUUUUUUAACAAACAAAAAUGUUUGCUUAUACUGUAAUAUGGCAAAACCCUUUUUUUUUUUAUUAAAUGUAUCUGAGUCAAUAACAAUGAAUUGGUGUAA